GUGAUUUUUUGCGCAGUGUUGUGAAAUUAUAUAAAAGCAGGAAAGAUAUUUCAAACUUGCACUAUCAUGGAGGUUAUUUUCUCUAUCAAUGCGAAACCUUAUCAAGUUAACUCGAAGAGUGUACCGGUCGAUACCUCGUUGAACACCUUCAUCCGGAACCAUGCUCACCUGACUGGUACCAAGUUCAUGUGCCUCGAGGGAGGAUGUGGCGCUUGUGUGGUCAACCUGAGCGGAGUCCAUCCAGUGUCAGGAGAGCCCUUCUCUUAUGCUGUUAACUCGUGCCUGUUUCCUGUGCUCGCUUGCCAUGGAAUGGACAUCACCACCGUCGAGGGUAUCGGUGGUAAGCAGCGCGGUUAUCACGCCACCCAAAAGCUGCUGGCUCACUUCAACGGUACCCAGUGUGGAUACUGCUCGCCCGGUAUGGUCAUGAACAUGUACAGCCUUCUGGAGACGAAGAAGGGCAAGGUCACCAUGGAGGAGAUCGAGAACUCGUUCGGUGGUAACAUUUGCCGCUGUACCGGUUACCGUCCCAUCCUGGACGCUUUCAAGGCUCUGGCUGUCGAUGCUGAUCCUAAGAUCAAGGAGAAGUGUCAAGAUAUCGAGGACCUUACAAAGAUUUGUCCCAAAACCGGUUCGGCUUGCGCUGGCAAGUGUUCUGCUGCUGCUAAAAUUAAUCCCAACAAGGGACUGCACCUGAGCUUCGACGAGCAGAAGGAAUGGCACAAGGUGUAUAACGUAAGCGACAUUUUCGCCAUCUUCGAGAGCAUUGGGGACAAGCCUUACACGCUCAUCGGAGGUAAUACCGCCCAUGGUGUAUACCGUCGAAGUGAUGCAAUAAAAGUCUUUAUCGACAUCAAUGCUGUCCAAGAGCUUCGAGCUAGCUCGGUAGGAAGCUCCUUAACUGUCGGAGCUGGAACCUCCUUGACCGAGCUAAUGGAUCUGCUGACUUUUGCUGCCAAGCAAAACAAAAGCUUCUCCUAUUUUGAACAUCUGAUUCGCCAUAUCGACUUGAUUGCCAACGUUCCUGUGCGUAACACUGGAACGAUCGCUGGUAAUCUUAGCAUCAAAAACCAACAUCCUGAGUUCCCCUCCGAUCUUUAUCUUAUCUUGGAAGCUGCUGAUGCGAAGUUGACCAUCUUGGAGGCCCAAGGAAAAACGUCUACCGUUCGUCCUUCCGAGUAUGUCACUCUGGACAUGAAGAAAAAGCUGCUGCUUAAAGUGAUACUGCCUCCGCUGGAUCCAUCCAUCUAUGUCUACCGUUCUUUCAAGAUCAUGCCCCGUGCGCAGAAUGCUCACGCAUACGUAAACGGUGCAUUCCUGAUCAAGCUGGAUGGAUCGAAUAUAGUGUCGAGCAACAUUUGCUUCGGUGGAAUCGAUCCUCACUUUACGCAUGCGAUCAAAACGGAAGAGUACCUCAGUGGUAAGAACCUGCUUACCAAUGAAACCAUUCAAGGAGCCCUGAAGAUUCUGGCAACGGAACUGAACCCCGACUGGGUGCUUCCUGAUGCUGCGCCAGAAUACCGGAAAAAUCUAGCCCUUUCAUUAUUCUACAAGUUCGUGCUGAACAUUGCACCGGAACUGAAGGCUUCCGUUAAAAGCGAAUUCAAAUCGGGCGGUACAGUUCUCGAUCGCCCACUCUCGUCUGGAACACAAUCGUUCGAUACCAUCAAGGAGAAUUGGCCCUUGACGAAGAACAUUCCUAAGAUUGAAGGUUUGCUGCAAACUUCGGGCGAGGCAAAGUAUGCAAACGAUUUACCAGUAUUCCCGAACGAGCUGUAUGCCGCAUUUGUCCUGGGAACGGAAUCGCAGACGAAGAUUACGAACAUUGAUGCCUCGGAAGCACUGAAACUGCCCGGCGUUGUUGCCUUCUACUCGGCGAAGGAUAUACCUGGGGCAAACAAUUUCAUGUACUUCAAAGGAUUCAUGGGCCCACAUGAUGAGGAAAUUUUCUGCAGUGAGAAAGUGAUCUAUCACGGACAACCGGUUGGUCUUGUCGUUGCCGACACUUUCAAUCUGGCCAAUCGUGCUAGCAAGCUGGUGAAGGUGCAGUACGAUAAAACAUCCUCCAAGCGAUAUCCUACCGUUAAGGAUGUGCUCCGUGCCAAGGCAACCGAUCGGCUGAAUGACAUGCCGUACAGUACAUUGGGCGAAGAGUUUGAAGCUGCACCCAAUGGUGCGAUCAAGGUAAAGGGAUGCUUUGAAAUCGGGGGUCAGUAUCACUACACGAUGGAGACGCAAACGGCCGUUUGCAUUCCGAUCGAGGACGGUAUGGACGUAUACUCGGCGACGCAGUGGAUCGAUUUUACGCAAAUCGCCAUUUCGAAGAUGCUGAACGUGCCAGAGAACAGCCUUAAUCUGUAUGUACGCCGUUUGGGCGGAGGUUAUGGAAGCAAGGGUACCAGGGCUACCCUGAUAGCUUGUGCAGCGGCCCUAGCUGCCCACAAGACCCAGCGACCCGUGCGUUUGGUUAUGACGCUCGAGGCUAACAUGGAAGCCAUUGGCAAGCGUUACGGCGUCAUCUCCAACUACGAGGUGGAUGUGGAGAAGGAUGGCAAAAUUACGAAGCUAUACAACGAGUACGUUCACGACUUUGGUUCGUGUCUGAACGAGUCGAUGGGUCACUGUGCAGAGUUCUUCCGAAACUGCUACGACAACAAAGCUUGGAAGACGGUUGCAAAGGGUGCCGUUACGGACUCUGCCAGUAACACCUGGUGUCGUGCACCGGGCACAACGGAAGGCAUUGCCAUGGUGGAAACCAUCAUGGAACAUGUCGCGCAUGCAACGGGGCUAGAUCCGCUUGACGUGCGUAUGGCAAACAUGCCCAAGGAUUUGAAGAUGCACGAGCUUAUGCCACAGUUCCGGGCCGAUGUCGAGUACGAUUUGCGCAAGAAGGAGAUUGAACAGUUCAAUCGCGAGAACCGUUGGAAAAAGCGGGGCCUAGCGAUCACACCGAUGCGCUACCCGUUGGGUUACUUCGGUACGAUCCAUGCGCUGGUGUCGAUCUACCAUACGGACGGUACCGUGGUCAUCACGCACGGUGGCAUCGAAAUGGGCCAGGGCAUGAAUACCAAGGUCGCACAGGUCGCGGCCUAUGUUCUAGGAAUUCCGAUGGAAAAGAUUAGCAUCAAACCGUCGGCCAAUAUGACGUCACCGAACGCUAUCUGUACCGGUGGCAGUAUGACCAGCGAGACUGUCUCUUUUGCGGUUAAGAAAGCGUGUGAGAUUCUGCUGGAACGCAUGAAACCGAUCCGUGACGAGAUGAAGGACGCUUCUUGGGAAACCAUCGUGGAGAAUAGCUACUACAAGAACGUGGACCUUUGUGCGACUUACAUGUACAAGGCGUCCGAUCUGGAAGCCUAUAUCAUCUGGGGUUUGACCUGCACUGAGGUGGAGAUCGACGUGCUGACCGGCAACGUGCAGCUACGUCGUGUCGAUAUUCUGGAGGAUACUGGUGAAAGCUUGAGCCCCGGUAUCGAUAUUGGCCAGGUCGAGGGGGCAUUUAUUAUGGGCGUUGGCUAUUACCUGACCGAGGCACUGAUUUAUGAUCCGCAAACCGGUGCACUGCUAACCAACCGUACCUGGACGUACAAACCGCCAGGUGCGAAGGAUAUUCCGGUUGAUUUCCGGGUGCGCUUCCUGCAGAAGAGCUCUAACGCAACGGGCGUGCUACGUUCGAAGGCAACUGGUGAGCCGGCCAUGAAUAUGACCGUUUCUGUGCUUUGUGCGCUUCGUAAUGCCGUGUUGGCAGCACGUACCGAUGCAGGAUUGUCGAACGAAUGGGUUCAGCUGGGUGCACCAUCCACGCCAGAUCAGGUGUAUCUGAUGGCGGGUAACUCUGUAGAGCAGUAUCUGUUGAAUUAG